UUCCGCUUGGCAACCGCCGCGACCCCUUUCUUCCCUCCCGCCGCGCUCGCCUCUCUGACCACCCGCCUCCGCCUUCCUUCCCCGCCGCUCGCCGGCACCCGUUUCAAUGAACUAGCGUCGCCUCUCUUCACCCAAUACCCACCCGCUUCCUCCUCCCCUUCUCUCCCGGCUUGGAUGCCCAUGGAGACCAGCGGCGCGGCGGCCGCCGUCGGCGAGGUAGGCUGGUACGUGCUCGGCCCGAACCAGGAGAGUGUGGGCCCCUACGCGCUUACCGAGCUGCGAGAACAUUUUGCAAACGGGUAUCUCAACGAGAGCACAAUACUCUGGGCAGAAGGAAGGACUGAAUGGAUGCCACUCUCUUCCAUCCCUGAGUUACACACUGCUGUCACAACAAAGGAUCAACCUGAACAAGCUGCUCUGGAUGCCGAAGACGAUUUUGAGAAAUUUCAGAAAGAGGUUACAGAAGCCGAGGCGGAGGCAGAGGCCUUGAAAGGUAGUGCUGAAGAUGGUGAUGAGCGGCCAGCAACCCCACCGGAUGGAGAGGAGGAGUUUACUGAUGAUGAUGGCACCAUUUACAAAUGGGACCGUACUCUGAGGGCAUGGGUUCCUCAAAAUGAUGCAUCAGGUAAAAAGGAUGAUUAUGCUCUGGAAGAGAUGACUUUUGCACUUGAGGAAGAAGUAUUUCAAGCACUAGAUAUCCCUGGUCCUUCUGCUUUAGAAGAAAUCAACACCCUGGCUGAAAACAAAAACAAAGAAUUAGACAAAGCAGAAAAGAGAGGGGAGAAGAAGCGAAAAUCUUCUGAGAAGCCAGCUGAAAAAAAGGAAGCUAACAAACCUCCGGACAGUUGGUUUGAUCUCAAAGUCAAUACACAUGUCUAUGUGAAUGGAUUGCCUGAUGACGUCACGGUGGAGGAGAUUGUGGAGGUAUUUUCCAAGUGUGGAAUAAUAAAGGAGGAUCCGGAGACUAAAAAGCCUCGAGUGAAGGUCUAUACUGACAAGGAAACCGGGAGGAAAAAGGGUGAUGCCUUGGUGACAUAUCUCAAGGAGCCAUCUGUAGCUUUAGCAGUUCAGUUGUUGGAUGGGACAUCAUUCCGACCUGGUGGUAAGACUCUGAUGUCUGUAAGUCCGGCCAAAUUUGAGCAGAAAGGUGAUGCUUUCAUUGCAAAGAAAACUGAUAAACAAAAGAAAAGGAGAACCAAGAAGGUUGAAGACAAAAUGCUUGGAUGGGGUGGGCAUGAUGAUAAGAAGAUCACGAUUCCUACUACCAUUAUUUUGCGGCACAUGUUCACUCCGGCUGAGUUGAGAGCUGAUGAAGAGCUUCUUUGUGAGCUUGAGGAAGAUGUUAAAGAGGAAUGUGCCAAGUUUGGUCCAGUGGAUAAUGUCAAGGUUUGUGAAAAUCAUCCACAGGGUGUCAUAUUGGUGAAAUUCAAAGACCGGAAAGAUGGCGCCAAAUGCAUAGAGAAGAUGAAUGGCAGAUGGUUUGGUGGGCGGCAAAUCCAUGCUAGCGAAGAUGAUGGCUCCGUUAACCAUACUCUGAUCCGUGAUUACGAUGCAGAGGUGUCAAGGCUGGAUCGAUUCGGAGAAGAGUUGGAAGAGUCCACAUAGAGGAUAACUGGGAUUGCCUUCUUGUACCAUAAGAUAGCAUGGGGAUAGGAAGUUUUGCGUUUCGCCUCUUCCAUAUUCUCGGCCUUUUAUGUGCCUGCUGGUUAUUAACCAGUGAAAAGAAAUUAUGUCAGUGGGUAUCACUUAUGAGCCAUGAUCACGUCGU